AUGUUUGGUCUACCACUCGCAGUGUUUGCUACGCUUGUAACACCUCUAUUAGCUGGUUGCGAUGGUCCUCAAGCAAGAACAUCUCCUGCUGAUCAUGAACAUUGGAUUGUUGUUGAUAAGUCGGGUGCAUAUCCUGGAAGUUACAAGACGGUCGAAGAGGGUAUUGCUCAGCUAAAUGAGAAAAAAUCAAACCUCUUCAUCUUCCCGGGUGCGUACUGUGAACAAGUCGUCAUUCCUAAGGACUUGGAUCGAGUGUCUGUCCAAGGAUACACAUGUGAUACGACCAAAUAUCGAGAAAACACAGUGACAAUCACCCAAGCCAAAGCACAACGUGACCUAUCUAAAGAUGAAAAGAAUCAAAACUUUCAGACUAGCACAAUUGGAAUCAAAGCCAAUCAAGUCAAGUUAUACAACAUUAACGUGGCCAAUACUGCUGGUCGAAUUCCAGUGAAUGGACAAGGAGUAGCGGUCUUCGCAGGAGGCAAUGACCAUGGCUUUUACGGCUGCAGCUUUACAGGAUACCAGAAUACACUGGCUGCUAACAAUGGUCGUAUUCUUAUUGCUGGGUCACACAUCAGUGGAGCUGUUGACUUUAUCUUUGGUCAAUAUGGCAUGCUGUGGUCCGAAAAGUGCAACAUUGAGGUCGUUGGCGAUGGCUGGAUCACUGCCAAUGGUAACAAAGAUGACGAUGUCGAGUCGGAAUUCGUUUUCAAUCGCGCAGAUGUGAACGGCAAGGGCCACGCUUUCUUAGGUCGUCCGUGGCAGAAAUAUUCGCGUUGUGUGUGGCAAAAUAGUUACCUGGACGACAUUGUGGAUCCAGAAGGAUGGUCGGAGUGGAAUGGCGGGCCGACAGAUAAUGUUUACUUUAAGGAAUUCAAGAACAAAGGCCCUGGUGCUAACACCGACAAACGCGUGCCUUUUAGCGGUCAAUUGGACAAAGCUGUAAAAGUCGAAGAUAUUCUUGGCGAUGUCGAAGGAGAUUUCUUUUACGAUAGUAGCUUUAUGUAA